GCGAUGCGCUGUGAGGCGGCGUAGGCGGCGCCGAGCACGCCUCCAGGUUGCUCAGCACCUCAGCUCCUCAGUCCUCCGCAGCCGCCGAGUCCGCGCGCCUCUUGUGGGCUGACAGAGUAUACUUCAUCCCGAUCCUCCCAGGAGGCAGAGCCAAAGAUCGGACCUUAGAUCCAGAAACCUAUUCACCCGCUUCGACCCAGGAAGCCAGAAGUAGGGUUACGGCGAAAUUGGGGCGACGUGCUCUUCUCACCUUCGGAACUGCUACUUUCCUGUCUCCCAAAGGCUGUCGUCGCGUUGGUAAAUUUACCCCCUGCGGGGCGUGGCUGGCGUCCUCUACCGUGCGGCCGUGGAGAGUUGGCCUUGACUGGGAGUGACUCUCGUUUUGUGCCUUAGGAGAGCGAGAAAGAGUGUGAGGGCCGAACAUCCUUUGGAGGAGAUGCCUUUAAAUAGUUAUCCAUAGCAGCGAUAGAAACAGAUUUGUGUUGCUUUGUUUUGUUUAUACCGAGUGGUUUUUCUGUGAAAUGCUGUUUUGGUUAAAAGAAGAAAUGGCCCCUCAGGAGUUCACACGGCGACUGGCCACAGUGAUCACUCAUGUCGAUGAAAUUAUGCAGCAGGAAAUCAGGCCCUUGGUGGCAGUGGAUAUAAUUGAACAACUUCACAGACAAUUUGCCAUUCUUUCAGGAGGCCGAGGGAAAGAUGGUGCCCCCAUCAUCACUUUUCCAGAGUUUGUGGGGUUCAAGCACAUCCCAGAUGAAGACUUCCUGAAUGUCAUGACCUACCUAACUAGUGUCCCCAGCGUGGAGGCUGCCAGCAUCGGGUUCGUCAUUGUUAUCGACAGACGAAGGGACAAGUGGAGCUCCAUAAAAGCAUCCUUGACACGAAUAGCUGUAGCAUUUCCAGGAAACUUGCAGCUCAUAUUCAUUCUUCGUCCAUCUCGCUUUAUCCAGAGAACAUUCACUGACAUUGGCAUUAAGUACUAUAGAGAUGAAUUUAAAAUGAAAGUGCCGAUUGUUAUGUUAAACUCCGUUUCUGACCUUCAUGACUACAUUGACAAAAGCCAACUGACAGCAGACUUAGGGGGAACUUUGGAAUACCGCCACAGUCAGUGGAUAAAUCAUCGAACCGCCAUUGAAAACUUUGCUCUGGCAUUGAAGACCACUGCCCAGAUGCUUCAGACUUUUGGGGCCUGCCUGGCUACAACAGACCUGCCCAUAAGCAUUCCUUCCACUGAAGACCUUCUCAUGUCCCACAUGAGGCAGUGGAACAAGUUGCAGGAUGAACUGAAAUUACUUGGAAAGCAAGGGGCCACAUUGCUGUCAUGCAUGCAAGAACCAGCAACCAAAAGUCCCACCAGCGAACUCAGUCUCAAUGAAGUUGAGAAUGUAGCUACCAUGGAAAGGUUAUUAGUUCAGUUGGAUGAAACACAAAAAGCCUUUAGUCAGUUCUGGUCUGAGCAUCACCUGAAGCUUAAUCAAUACCUACAACUACAGCACUUUGAACACAGUUUUUGUGAGGUUAAGCUAGCCCUGGACAACUUGUUGGCAGAGCAAGCAGAGUUUUCCGACAUUGGAGACAGUGUGAUGCAUGUGGAGCAACUUCUUAAGGAACACAAAAAACUGCAAGGAGAAGGCCAGGAGUCCUUGGAAAAGGCCCAGCUGCUUUCAGUAAUUGGGGACCAGCUUAUCCAAAGCCACCAUUAUGCAGUGGACUCCAUCAGACCCAGGUGUGCGGAGCUCAGGCACCUUUGUGAUGACUUCAUCAAUGAAAACAAAAAGAAACAUGACAUUUUAGAAAAGUCCUUGGAGUUGCAUAGAAGGUUGGACAAGGUCAGCCAGUGGUGUGAAGCAGGAGUCUACCUCUUGGCUUCCCAAGCUGUAGACAAGUGCCAGUCCCGAGAGGGCAUUGACAUUGCCUUGAAUGACAUUGAGACAUUCCUGGGCACAGCAAAGGAGUACCAGUUGCCCAGCUCCAAGGACUUUUACAAUCAGUAUGAGUUGAUGCUCACUCUUGAUAUAAAGGCUAAAGCCCAGAAAGUCCUGCAGAAGCUGAGCGACGUGCAGGAAUUAUUUCACAAGAGACAAAUGAGUCUGAUGAAACUGGCAGCCAGACAGACUCGCCCAGUGCAACCCGUGGCCCCCCAUCCUGAGUCCUCCCCAAAAUGGGUGUCACCAAAAAUCAGCCAGCCCUCCACCUUGGUUCCUCAUCAGAAAACAUCUGAAGAACCUUAUGCAGAGACAGAUUUAAACUCAGAGGAAAAGGAAGAUGAUGAGACUAAAUCUGAAGUCAAGAAUGAAGAAAUACUUGAAAGCAGUCAUGAUGCAGACAACCCUGAGCCAGAGCAGCCUGAUGGUUCCAAAAAUCUUUCUCCCAGCAGGCAUAUUAUACGUGACUUGGUUGAGACUGAAGUGACUUACAUAAAAGAGAUUAAGAACAUAAUUGAUGGAUAUAUCAUUCCAAUGGAUUUUAUUUGGCUGAAGCAUCUAAUUCCAGAUGUUCUGCAGAAUAACAAGGAGUUUCUCUUUGGGAACAUUAGAGAACUUUACGAAUUUCACAACAGGACUUUUCUAAAAGAAUUGGAAAAAUGCACCAAAAACCCUGAACUUCUGGCACGUUGCUUUCUCAAUAGAAAAGAAGAUCUUCAAAUAUAUUUUAAAUACCAUAAGAACCUGCCCCGAGCCAGGGCAAUCUGGCAAGAAUGUCAAGACUGCACCUACUUUGGGGUAUGCCAGCGUCAACUGGGUCACAGUCUCCCUCUUUUUAAGUGUCUGAGAGAGCCAAGUCAGAGACUUAUAAAGUACCAGAUGCUGUUGAAGGGGCUGCUGGAUUUUGAGUCUCCUGAGGAUUUGGAGAUGGACCCAAGUGAUCUAGAAGGAGGUUCGGCUAAGAAUGGGCCAAAGAGGACCAAGGAUUCAGCCUUCUUAGCCGACCUACAACAGGCUUUGGCCAUGAUGGAGGAUUUGAUCAAGUCCUGUGAGUUGGCCAUGGACCUGGCAGCAGUCACUGGAUGUCCGGAUGAUAUUGGAAAAUUCGGCAAGUUGUUGAUGCAUGGUUCUUUCAACGUUUGGACAGUUCACAAAGAUCGUUAUAAGAUGAAGGAUUUAAUUCGAUUCAAGCCCAGCCAGAGGCAAAUCUAUCUAUUUGAACGGGAAAUAAUGUUCUGUAAGAUACAGUUGGAGCCCAGUGACCAGGGCCUGUCCCCUCACUACAGCUUUAAGAAGUCUAUGAAGUUGAUGACACUUUCAAUUCGCCAACUUGGAAGGGGGAGCAACAGAAAGUUUGAAAUUGCCAACCAAAAUGGACUUGAAAAAUACAUCCUACAGGCAGCUUCAAAAGAAAUCAGAGAUUGUUGGUUUUCAGAAAUAAGUAAAUUAUUGAUGAAACAACAAAACAAUAUUAAAGACCAAGGAAAUGUACGGUUUGAAGCAAGCACUAGCAAAGGCAAUGAAGUGGAAUUUGUACCCUGGAUUGAAAAUAGGGAAAGAGCUACCGGUAGCAAGGAAGACUCAGUCGCCAGCACAUGUAGGAGUCAAGGUUGCUCAAGCAGGGAGUUUAUCUCCAUGGAAACCUCUGUCAAUUGUGAAGGUGCAGAAGAUUUGGAAAAGGAGAACAGUGUCCUGAGUCUCUCGGGACUUUUCCGGUUGGACGACAGUUACGAGACCUCCAAGUCUGGUCAGGAGAAGGGAGAAAGCAUCCGGGGAGAGAAAGAGGGCUGUCAAAAGAAGGACACGGCCACGAACAAAACUGAGGAGAGCCUUGAGACGUCUACUGGCUUGCUCGCCCCUGCGGGGAAGGCCAGUUUCCCCCUAGCAGAGGCAGUGCGGGCGCAAGAAGGGAGCCUGAAGCCGCCCUCCGCCGAGAACUGACACUCGUUCCAGACCACUGAGCAUCCCCGGCCGAUUGUAUUCCGGGGAGCCGCUUCUGUGGGCGCGGAGCAGAAGCAGCAAAGGGAUCUCACAGCCCACACACAGAUCCGCUGUCCUGCCCGGGGGCGACUGGACCAUCUUUCCGGAGCCUGAGGAGCGGUCCACGUCUGCGCGGGGAGCCUCGGGCUGUUCUACGCGCCGCCGCGCGAGCGCAGGGACUCGGAGCAGACCCCUUGGAGAACCUGCAGAUGCCGCCACGCGCCCGCGCUGGGACAGGGCGCAGAGUCCGUGGAAAACCUUGCGCCGCUCUAGAUGCGCCUAGAGUGCGGACUCCGCGGAGAACCUCUAGCUGCUCCACAUGUGUGCCUACAGAGGUUAGGGAUCCAGUCCUGGAGAGCUGAGUCCAGGGUUUCUGAAUGUUGGCACUUUUGACUUCGGUAUAACUGCCGUGGAGGCUCUCGGGCAUUGUAGAAUGUUUAGGGGCAUCUCUGCCCUCUAUCCCCUAGAUGCCAGAGAUACCGCCCGCCCACUCACCGAAAUUAAGACAAUCAAAAAAUGCCUUCAGACAUUGCCAAAUUUCUGCUGGGGCGGGAGUGGAGAGCUAGGUUGAGAACCUCUGAUCGGAGCCGCUCAAACUCCACAGGGGCAGCCCUGCGCUCUUCUCCCUGAAUCCCCACAAGAAUGUUAACUGUGAUAUUUGUGUUACUUUGUUCCAGGGUUGUUUCCUCUUAGUGAGGGCUGGCUACAAGUUAACUUCUGAGAUAUUUACGUUUAGAUUUAUUAGUUUUUAAGUUCGCUUCAUUUAUUUUCAGUAAUUUAUUUUUAAUUAGUUAAUAUUCAUUUUUGUUUUUAGUUUUAUCUUUAUUUAAUCUCAUAGCUUUAAAGCUACCUGUUUAUAACUAUUUGGUCUUACUUAGUUCCUUAGUUUUUGAGUUAUUUUCAGUUACUCAUUUACAGUUACUUUGUUUUGAGUUAUGUAUUUCCUAAUUAGUUACUUUUAGAAUUAUUUAUUUUAAAUUAUCUAUCUUUGCAAUUGUUGAUAUCUGAGUUAUUUUCAUGUUUAUUUUAUUUUUAAUUAUUGGCAAUUUGGGGAUUAUUUAUUUUUACAGCUACUUAUUUGAAUAGUAAAUAUUCACUUGAAGUUUUUUAAUUGCUUUAUUUUCAGAAUAAAAUACCUGUAGUUAUUUUAGGGCUUUUCCCCUAGAUAUUUAGUUUUAGAGUUACCUAUAUUCACAGUAAUUUAUUUUCAUUUAUUUUAGAGUCUGGGUUAUUUUUACAUUCAUUUGUUUGGGGGUUUUUAGUUAUUAAUAUGUGGUUUUAAAUUAUUUUUAGUUGUUGCAUCUUGAGCAUUAUAUUUUGAGCUUCUUACUUUCAGAACUUUUGAGAUAUUUAGUUUUUGAGUUAUUUUCAGAGUUAUUUUUUCUCAGUCGUUUCUUUUCAGUCAUGUCUUUGUCAUUCAAGUUUUUUUCUAUUUUGUAUUUUUCAUUACUUUAUUUUCAGUUUUAUUUACAGAAUUAUUAGUAUUUCUUUAGAAUUAUUUAAUCCAUCAGUCAGGAUCCAAUCAAGAGAAACACUAUACUAGUUAUUUUAACAGAAAGAAUUUAAUAUAAGGAAGUACUAUCCAGGUACUGAAAAUUUCAAUGGGGGAAAAAAAGUGAUAAUCAGAUAUUAUGAAGAUUUUAACUUGUCUGCUGGCAUCAGGAAAGACCAAGGAGUUAUGAAGAUGAGUGAGAGGUUCCUGGGUCCAGUUGGGGGAGUCAGAUGUGGAAAUAGAUGAUCACAACACAGUGUGUGACACACAACUCUGCCGCUAUGUGAUGAGGCCGUGUUCGGAAGAUGGUAAACUGCAGCUACUGCAACUGAAAUGCAAUUUUGAAAUUUUUAGACUUCUUAAAAACCAGAAAAAUAAUAGAGGCUGAAUCUUCUGUGAAUGAGAUUUGUGUCAUCUUUCUUUUUGGGUAAAUGAAAAGAACCAAAACCUUCAGGUAAAUCCUUCAGCCUCCUUUUAUGAACACUAGUUGAAUAUCCACUCCAGUGUUCUUGCCUGGAGAAUCCCAGGGGUGAGAGAGCCUGGUGAGCUACCAUCUAUGGGGUCGCACAAAGUCAGACACCACUGAAGCGACUUAACAGCAGCAGCAGUUGCUCAAUUAAUCAUGUCCCCUGUUGCCCACUAGAGGGCUUCAUUUCAGCAGGUUGCUUAGGAAUGGGAAUUCUGUAGCCCCGCUGAAAGUGCUCUGGUAUAGGAACUGUAAAAUCUGGCCAGAGUCUGUGUCCACAGUAAAGAACAACCAUGCAUUAUGAAAUUAUUAGAAAAGUUAGAGAUAUUCUAAACCAGCAUUUCCCAGAGUAUAUUUUGCAGAAUAGGCAGAAGAAUGUAAGAGUUCAAUGAGUUAAUCCCA